CUUCAAGCUACCAACGUCAUCUAAUUUUCCAGACAGAAGAAGCACAGCCAUUCACGACCAGGAAAACCCCGGUCGGACUGAUGGAGAAACGCACAAGUCCAAAUAGAGCUUCGGCAGGGGUCUCGGCCCCGCGCCGGAACCCGAACCCGAACCCGAACCACGCGGUCCCGCAGCUCAACUGCGAGCUCUGCCGCGACCGCAAGGUCAGGUGCGACAAACUCGACCCCUGCACCAACUGCGUCUCGGCCGGCGCGGUCUGCGUCCCCGUCCACAGGCUGCGGCUGCGGCGCGGCCGGCACGCGCACCGCUCCUCCGCCCCCGUCGACGACGACCUGAAGAGGCGCAUCCGCAGGCUCGAGGCCCUCAUCAGCGACGCUGGGCCGGUGGGGGCGGGAUCUGGGCGAGUGGGGCUGUCCGGUGCAGAUUCGGAUCCCCGGCGCAUCGCUUCGGUUCUCCCAGGCGUCACAUAUUCGGAUCCGGAGGCUUCCAAUUGGCCAGAGAAGCGAGCACUUUUGGUGCAACGGCCUGACCACUUCUGGGCGGACUUGGCUGAAGAAAUCCAUGGGCUCCGCGACGUCAUAGAAUCAGCGCCGAAUGAGGCCGAAGACGAUAGCGCCCAGACGCCAGAACCCGCACAACUCGGCUCGGUCCACCGCGGCAUCAGUAUUCUAGGCUUAUCGGGGUCAAGCAAUCCUGACUUUAUCCCACGCAACUUUGACUAUGCCCACCCCGCUGUGUCACACAACAGGGCGAUCGCAAGUCAGCUCUGUCAGGUCUAUCUCCAACAGGUCGACCCCAUCAUCAAGAUUCUUCACCGUCCGUCACUGAAGAAGUUGAUGCUACAGGGGGGAGGCUACCUGGGGUAUCCAGACGGACACGCGUCGGUGGAAGCUCUGAGCUCGGCAGUGAUGUAUUCCGCCGCGAGCAGCAUGACGGACAAUCAAUGCCAGGCAACGUUCCGUACCGACAAGUCCAGCCUCAUGGCAAACUGUCGGAGGGCAUGCGAGGCCGCUAUCGAGAGGUCGGGUUUGCUGACAACAAGAGAUAUCACUGUACUUCAGGCUUUCGUUUUGUAUCUUCUUGCCAGGCGAUCCGAAGAACGAAGCAGGGCAGUAUGGACCCUGCUCGCUGUAGCCGUCAGGAUUGCAAAGGCUUUAUCCCUCUACCUCGACCCAGAGCAGGUGGGACGGCACGAGACCUUCUUCGCCCAGCAGAUGCGGAAGCGACUCUGGCUUACCAUUUGCCUGAUGGAUGUGCAGGCCUCUUUCGGCCUGGCCUCGCAACCGCUCAUCGCCCUCAAGGAGGCCAUGACUUCCUCCGAACCACCAAGCCACAUCAACGACUCCGACUUUGACCUGACCACAACGCAUCCAAUCCCUGACAGGGAGGGGCUCACCGACACCACUUUUGCCAUCAUCACGUACAAGCUGCAGCUCCUCGGGCGUCUUACCAACUUUGGCGCAGACGAAGAGAAGUCAUGCUGCUGCAGCGGCGACGGCGCCGAGUCAGACAUGGCAGCGCGACAGCAGCACGUCCAGCGAUUCGAGCAGCAAGUCCUCCAGCUCCUCCACCUAUGCGACCCAGAAUCGUCCCCCUACGCCUGGUUCACCCUGCACAGCGCGCAGUGCUUCGCAGCCGGCGCGCGCGCCUGCGUCCUGCGCCCGCUCCAGCGCCUGCGGGAGGGCGCGCGGCCGCCGCCGGCGCGCGUCGGGGGCGACACGGAGCUCCUCCAGCUGGGGGCGCGGGUCCUCGAGAAGGCGAUGCUCGUGCACACGGACCCCCGCGGGGAGGGGUUCCGGUGGUACGUGACGAUCCCGUGGCACGCGCUGGCUAUCACCGUUGCCGAGUGCUACAUCUGCGCCGACGCGGAGCUCGUGCGCCGCGUCUGGCCGACGGUUGAGACGUCGUACCGGCUUCAUGAGGGUGUUAUUGCGCGGUUGAGGGGCGGGAGGCUGCGGGGGCCGCUGGGGAAGCUGAUGGAUCGGACGCGGGAGAAGUUGGGCCCGAUACUGCAUGACAGCGAUGAUGCGAGAGGGAAUCCGAGCUUUGGCAUUGCUGACAGCUCGGCAGAGAUCUCAGUCACGCCAGUAUCAGGGUCCGGUACUGGGCUAGGUGAGGGCCUGGCUGAUACGUUGCGGGAAACCAGUAUUUCGCCUGCGAGCCCAGAUCCGGCACUUGGGGCGGCCUAUAUGCCAUCAACACCACUGCUUCCGCAGCCGAGUUUGGCCUCGACAUCCUCGCCGUCGUUUGGGGACCAGCCUUUGUUAGCCGCUUCCUUAUCUCCAGGAGGCCCAGCUUCGGCGAAUGACGAGCUGGACCAGUCUUGGGGGUUAUGGGAGGAAUUCGUAUCUGACAUUUCUUUUGAUGACUUUACAAGUCCUGAUAUGUUCUUUGGGGAAAACAAUAUGAAUGGGUCUUAGCGAAGCGCACCAUAUAGAGUCGAGGCUUCUGAUUUCUAGCCACCACUCUGAGGAUAUUGUUCUCUGCGUAGGCCAAACCAACAAG